GAAGCACAACCGGCGCAGAGUGUCAUUUCGAAAAGAAGGACACGAGGAAUAUUCUUAUUUCUGUCUUUUCUGUCUUCUCCUUACACACCUGUCAGCCAUGAUGAGGUCAGUGUUGCUACCUAGACUAACCUCCCACAUCCUGUCCACUACCAGAGGAUCAUGUCUACUAGCUAAUCGGAUAUCUCAUCGUGUACAGCCUCACUCACCUGGACACACACCCUUCCAGCAGAGCUUUUGUGGACCCCUCAUACCUAAAGUCACAGGUGUGGUCAGGUACUCGGACUUGUCCACACAGAAGUAUAAUAUGAUUUAUAAACUUCCACACAUUAAGCUCCUCAGUGCCUUGUCCAGGCUAAAACUGAUCCAAACAGCAAUCACCGUGGUCCUCCUGCCCCCGGUUAUUUUCCUCUACCUCCAGGGAGAUAUCUCCUCUUUUCUUGUCGGCUACACAACCGGGAUAGCACUGUUUGCUGGCGUCAUGCUAUACACUGCUAGUCAUUUUGUCAGGAGGGUGGUGGGGAUAAUGUACCUGGAUCCAUCUCAGACCACACUUAAAGUAUCCCACCUCACCUUCUGGGGCAAGCGGCAUGAUAUCUACUUGCCUGUGUCAGAUGUUAUGACCAUUAGCGAUACAGGAGACUCUGCAAAUGAGACGAUAUUGAAACUGAAGAGAUACAGCAGCCCAGAGACAUUGUAUUUCUCACCUUAUUUUGGACGUGUGGUGGACCAACAGGGUUUUGAGAAGGUGUUUGGCAGUUUAAGAUAAUUUAUUAUUGCUAUAAGUGUAAUUUAUUUUGUUCCAAAUGCAGCCUUGCUUUAAAGAGACUCGCCUGUUCUCCAUGAAAGAUGAUAUCAGAGUUAAAAAUAUUAC